GUCCAGGAUCAUAUUCUUCUUUUUGCCGGCCACCGCCACAUUUGCGGCGCCGCAAUAGUCGGCGAAGGAAAUUCAAAUUCUAAUCUUAGUCAACCGCCGCCACUGCUGCGGCCCCUUUCCAGCCAACGAAUACCAACGCCGCUGUCAGUUCCUAUUUUUGCUCGCCAGCAACUUUUGGAGAUGGAGAGUAUAAAUUCAGCUGAUGAUAUCUCCACAGUGUAUCUUCACGGGGACUUGGAUCUGAAGAUUCUAGAAGCUCGGAGGUUGCCGAACAUGGAUUUGGCCACCGAGAGUCUCCGGCGGUGCUUCACCGGAUUCGACCUCUGCAGGAAGCCGCUCAUCGCCCUACGCCGGCGGAACGGUCGCCGCCUCAGAAGAAGGAGAAGAAUCAUCACCAGCGAUCCGUACGUCUCCGUCUGCCUCGCGGGGGCCACGGUGGCGCGUACGCGCGUGAUUUUCAACUCCGAGAAUCCCGUUUGGAACAAUCACUUCAAAAUUGCCCUGGCUCACCCUGUAUCCAAAAUCGAGUUCCAGGUGAAGGACAACGACGUCUUCGGCGCCGGCCAUAUCGGCGUCGCUUCAGUGCCGGCGGAGAUGAUAAAUUCCGGCGAGGUAAUCGAAGACUGGUUCCCAAUUGUAGGCUCCCGAGGAAAACCCCCGAAAACCGAUUGCGCCCUAAGGCUAAAGAUGAAAUUCGACCCGUUCAACCAAAACCCUAAUUACCGGACCGGAAUUCCCGAAAAUUACGGUCUAAUCGAGAGCUAUUUCCCGGCGAGGCAAGGCGGGGCGGUAACGCUGUACCAGGACGCCCAUUCGCCGGACGGAAUUUUGCCGGAGAUCGAACUGGAGGAGGGGAAGGCGGCGUUCCGUCACGAGAACUGCUGGGAAGACAUUUGUGAGGCUAUACUGGAGGCACAUCACUUGGUGUACAUAGUGGGGUGGUCAAUUUAUCACAAGGUGAAGCUGGUGAGGGAACCGGAGAAGCCAUUGCCGGCGGCGGGGAGAGAUCUGAACCUCGGCGAGCUGCUCAAGUACAAAUCGCAGGAAGGAGUGAGGGUGCUGUUGCUUGUUUGGAAUGAUAAAACUUCUCAUGACAAAUUCUUCAUUAACACUGCAGGAUUGAUGCAAACUCACGACAAAGAAACUCGUAAAUUUUUCAAGCACUCGGCCGUCACUUGCCUGCUUUCGCCUCGAUACGCAAGCAGUAAGCUUAGCCUUAUCAAGAAACAGGUGGUGGGAAGUCUUUACACACACCAUCAGAAGUGUGUGAUUGUGGACACUCAAGACAAGGGCAAUAAACGGAAGAUAACGUCUUUCAUUGGAGGUCUAGACCUUUGUGAUGGGCGCUAUGAUACCCCCGAGCAUAGACUCUUUCAUGAUCUUGACACUGUUUUCAUGGAUGACUUUCACAACCCCACAUUUCCUGCAGGAACCAAGGGACCAAGGCAACCGUGGCAUGACUUACAUUGCAAAAUUGAAGGGCCUGCUGCGUACGAUGUCCUCACAAACUUCGAACAACGAUGGAGAAAAGCCAGGAAAUGGUCAGCACCAGGUAGGCAUUUUAAAAGGAGGGUUCUUUGGCACGACGAUGCUUUACUGAAGAUAGAGAGGAUCUCAUGGAUAGCUAGCCCUUCGCCCACUGUCCCAAACAAUGACCCUUCGUUGUGGGUCACCAAGGGCGAUGAUCAUGGAAGAUGGCAUGUUCAGAUAUUCAGAUCUAUAGAUUCUGGAUCAUUGAAAGGAUUCCCCAAAGAUGUUCACUCAGUUGAGUCACAGCAUUUGGUUUGUGAGAAAAACGUGGUGAUUGAUAGGAGCAUCCAAACGGCGUACGUUCAGGCAAUUAGACGCGCCCAACAUUUCAUUUACAUCGAAAACCAAUAUUUCAUCGGGUCAUCAUAUGCUUGGCCUUCCUAUAAGAAUUCAGGUGCAGAUAACUUGAUUCCAAUUGAACUGGCGCUCAAGUUGGCGAGUAAAAUCCGAAAUGGGGAGAGAUUUGCCAUUUACAUAGUCAUUCCGAUGUGGCCCGAAGGCGCCCCAACUUCUGCUUCUGUCCAAGAAGUUUUAUAUUGGCAGGGGCAAACCAUGCAAAUGAUGUAUGAAAUCGUUGCGCGGGAGCUAAAAUCGGCUCAACUUGAACACUCGCACCCUUGCGACUAUCUAAAUUUCUAUUGUCUUGGCAAUAGAGAAGAGCAACAGCACGAAGAAGAAACCAAAUUCUCCUCAGAACCACCUUCUAAUGAUAAUAAGGUCUCUGCUUCUCAAAAACAUAGAAGAUUCAUGAUCUAUGUACACGCAAAGGGAAUGAUCGUGGACGACGAGUACAUCAUCUUGGGAUCCGCUAAUAUCAACGAGCGGUCAAUGGAUGGGUCAAGAGACACCGAGAUUGCAAUGGGUGCAUACCAACCACACCACAUUUGGGCAAACACUAAGAAAUAUCCCCUCGGCCUGGUGCAUGGAUAUAGAAUGUCACUAUGGGCAGAGCAUUUGGGAAAGACAGGAGAAGACAGCAGCAGCAGCUUCAAGGAUCCCAAGAGCUUAGACUGUGUGAGGGAUGUGAACCAUAUUGCCCAGAACAACUGGGAGAGGUACGCUGCGGAGGACACUGUCCCUUUGCAAGGGCAUCUCCUCAAGUACCCAGUUCAAAUUGAUGCAGAUGGGAAGGUAAGCCCCUUGCCUGGCCAUGAAUGUUUCCCCGACGUCGGGGGUAAAGUCUUGGGAACUAAAUCCGCCCUCCCCGACGCUUUAACAACAUGAAUCAUUCCCUCGAACCCGCUAGAUUUUUCAACUUU